UUUAACAUAGCUACUAUUCAGCACAAUGGUUUUCUAGCUAAACAAAGUUCUUUCAAUUGUUGUCUGUUGUUGUUCUGUUGUUGCUCAGAUUGGAUAUUGGAAUGCCCAGUGAGCGGACGUGUCUUCGAUCGCUCCAAGAUCAGUUUGAACUUAAGUAGUUUUUAAUAUACCUAAUGUCAUUGUAACAUCAUUGAAAAAGGAAAAUGACAGCCUGAAAGCAGAAAUUGCUACCCUUAGACGUGGAUUGAAAAUCUGCAGCAAACUCUCACGCGUAACGAUGCACAGGAAUCUGGCAAUGGCGGCGAAGCAAGCUGCUCCAUCACGAAAGACGAAGCAUUGAACACUCUUCAAUUCUAUGGAAAAGCUUACGACGAUCUCCGCUUGGAAGCUGAUAAGAGUCGUAAAUUGUGGUCACAUUUAAAUGCUUCAACUUCUCGAGUAGAUGAUAUCGGAAAUGCAAUCGAUGAAAUUCAGCGUUACAGCUACCAGUACAAUGUCCAGAUAGUUGGUCUCCCCGAAAUCGACCCGCGAGAAUCGGCAUCCGCCACUACGUCUUUAUGCAUAAGCCUCCUAAAAGCUUCAGGAGUGGAUAUGAAUAACCAAGAUUGCGACAUUGCGCACCGUGUCCCGACUAGACAAGUUACUACUGGCCCGAGACCGGUUAUCUGCCAAUUUACUCGAAGAAUCGUCAAAGAAGAAAUUAUCAAUCAAAUGAAGGAAGCUUGCAAGGUUUCUGCAACGUCGAUUGGUUUACCAGCCGAAUCCGAAUGUUCGCUGGGAAAUGUCAAGAUUUUCGAUCAUCUCACUCCACAGACGCAGAAGCUACUCGCCGACGCUAAGAAAUUUCAAGCUCGAAAUGGAUUCAGGUCCUGUUGGUCAAAAGACUUUGUUGUCAUUUUCGAAAGUCUGCGGAGUCUCGUCCCAUCCGGCUCAAAAGCCAGGAAGACCUUGAACGAUUUGCUCGCCAAAAGAACUUACCUAUGA